UAGUCUUCUUGGCAAUGUCCAGGAAACUUCUCGCUAGCUAGGCUCGUUCACUAGUACAAUUAAAUUAAUAUAUAUACACACAUGAUUGAGUUGAGCUUCAAUUAUAGUUGUAGCCUUGUACUCUUGUAGGAUGACAAUUCAAAUUAUACACUGCUGAUAUUGUAUAAUAAUUUGUAUUCUCGCCUUUCGAUCACCUUGAGCAAGGAGGAUAUCAUGUCAGAGAAACUAACCACAUCAUCGCCAUUUGAAGUUGAAGAAGGAGUCUCAACCCAAGAGAACUUCCCAAAAGAAUCUGCAGGAGAAGUAAUGCAAGAGACAUGUGGACUAACCUUUGGAGGCGACAAUGGCACCGCUGCCACAUCCGGCAGACAGUCAUUUGCAACAAGCGAUGGAGGGUACAGUGCAGGUCCUCCGUCUAGCAGGAUGACAUGUGCAACAAUAAGCUACGGAGGUUACUACAGCAGCGGUGGAACGUCUAGCUGCAGACCGACGUGUCAUCCGUUACCACCUGGCCUCGGAACACCAAUUAUCGCAAUUGUUCAUAGUCCUGAAUUUACGUUUGGUGGAUGGGGUAAUUCUACUGAAAAUGUUGAUGUAGAGAUUGGCCAUGAUCAGCAACCUGAUGAUCUGGAGGCUACAUAUACUGCAGAAGAAGCCGAAAGAAAACAAAGGGAAGAUGCAGCUUCCCCAGUAAUAACCCACUCAGACUCCAUUUCAAUUUGUUGGCCACUCAGAAAAUUACUUGAUAGAGGAAGAAAUGAGUCUCAUUCCAACAACGACCAUGAAACUAGUAUUGCAGGACCACCAAGUGAGCAUGUACCAAAUAACGUCGCAAAUUCAUCUAACAUCAUUUCGUCGGUGAUAAAUAGUGACCUAGUACCCCAUGUUCCUCUACAUCUUGCUGCUCUCAAAGGUGACUGGAAUACUGCCAAAAGCAUCUUGCAAUCAAAGCCUGGAGCUGUGAGGGCUAGGAUCACAAAGGGUUCAGAAACAGCUCUUCACAUCGCGGCCGGAGCUAAACAUACGUCCUUUGUUGAGGAGCUAGUUAAAUGGAUGACUGCAGAGGAUCUUGAACUGAAGAAUGAUGUGGAAAACACUGCCCUAUUUUUUGCUGCUGUUUCUGGUAUCAAAAGGAUCGCUGAGGUAAUGGUGGAGGUUAAUCCGAUAUUACCUCGGAUCCGAGGUAGUAACAAUUCAACAGCUCUGCAUAUGGCUACUUUGCUAGGGCACAGGGAGAUGGUAAGGUAUCUUUACAGCAAGACUAAAAGAAUUUUGACCUACCAGGACCGUGUGGGGCUUCUUAUUGCUGCAAUAACAGCAGAUCUUUAUGAUGUAGCUCUUGAUAUUGUUAAACAACACCCUGAAAUGGCUCUUGCUCGAGAUGAAAACGAAGAGACUGCACUACAUGUAAUGGCGCGAAAGCCUUCAGCAUAUCAUAAUGGAAGUCAGCUUGGAUUUUGGAAACGAUGUAUAUUAUCUUUCCCCAGGGAUUUCAAGCGUUCCUGUGAAGAAAAGGUAAAGCAUGCACUAGCCACUGAACUUGUGAAGCAGCUGUGGAAGAAAAUUCUGACAUUAGAAAAUGAUUCCAAGAUUGGUGAUUUGAUUAGAAAACCGUCUCGCUUAUUGUUUACUGCAGCAGAGUUGGGUAACCUUGACUUUUUGAUCAUACUUAUGAGAUCAUACCCCAAUCUCAUUUGGAAAGUUGAUGAACAAAAUCGAAGCAUAUUUCACAUUGCAGUGGUUCACAGGCAGGAGAAGGUUUUCAAUCUUAUUUAUGAAUUAGGUGGAUUGAAAGAUUUGAUAGCAUCUUAUAAAGAUGAUAACAAUAACAAUAUGCUUCAUUUGGCUGCAAAACUUGCACCUGCCAAUAGACUUAAUACUGAUACUGGGGCAGCAUUUCAACUGAGAAGAGAGUUGUUGUGGUUUAAGGAAGUUGAGAAGAUCGUCCAACCGUUAUACAAAGAGAUGAGGAACUCUGAUGGCAAAACACCUCAAAUUCUAUUCACUGAGGAGCACAGGGAAUUACUAAAAGAAGGAGAAAAGUGGAUGAAGGGUACUGCAUCAUCAUGCAUGGUUGUGGCAACCCUCAUCGCCACCGUAAUGUUUGCUGUUUUCUCCACUGUCCCGGGUGGCAACAACAAUGACACAGGCAUGCCCAUGUUCAUAAAAGAAACGGCCUUCAAAAUCUUUGCCAUAUCAGAUGCAGUAUCACUUGUCUCUUCUGCCACUUCGAUCUUGAGUUUUCUCUCGAUCCUAACCUCACGCUACACCGAAGGUGACUUCCUCCAUUCUUUACCAAACAGGUUGAUCGUAGGGCUUGCAACCCUAUUCAUCUCUAUAGGUACCAUGAUGCUCACGUACGUUGCAACGUUAUUUAUUGUCCUCGGCUCUGGAAAUGAAGGGAUAAAAGUUCCGAUAACUUUGGUUGCUGUCAUUCCAGUUAGUUUCUAUGCUUUGCUGCAAUUUCCUCUUCUUUCGGAUAUGAUCAGUCAUGCUUAUAUUUCAAGAGUAUCUUUUCGUUCUAGCAACCAUCUCUUGCAAUAGCUGCUACAAAGAAAUGGCACUCUAAGAUUUAAUGUCAACUUAAUUGAUUCGAAGGAAAAUAUAUAUUGUAUAAAUGGAUCAGUGAAGUUCUACUGGUGUACAAGUUUUGGAAGUCUCUAUGUAA